AUGAACAGCCUCACUAACGAAGUCCUAGCCGAUGCUGAAAAAUCGAUCAAACUCGAAUCUAAAGAUGUCACUUUAAGCUUCAGAUUGUAUGAGAUGUAUGAAAUUGGGGAUUUACUUGAUCUAACCCAGCGGAACCUUGAGGAUGACUCCAAAAAUGUGUUGUCCUUGGAGAAUCUGACUGAGGAAUAUGUCACUAGCUAUGAUGAUGUGACACAAUUUGUGACUAAGGGCAUCUCUAGCAGAAAAUUUGGAGUAACAACCUUAAAUUCAAAGAGCUCUAGAUCAAGAAUCAUUUCCAAUAUUGUGAUUGAGUCUUGGUGUAAGGUUCUGCUUGGAGGUGGAGCUGCUGAGGAAGUCAUCUGUGGAUGCGACACAUCAAAAGCCUCCGUUGAAUACCUUGCACACGCUUGGAGGUUGUGA